UUGACCUAAAGUUUAAUGUUUAUUAGAAGGUCAUUUUAAUUAGAAUUAAAUUUUAACUUAACUCUUAAUCAACCCACGCCCAUAAACAAAUAAACCCUAAACCUCCUAAACCUAAAGCCGCCACACGACCUACUACGCCGCCACAAAAUAUUCCAUCGCCGCCACACGACCUACUCCUUCCUGUUGGUUGGGGUUGUUUAUCGGAACAGGUUUCGGAGUUGGUCAAAGUUGGGGUGGUUUCACGCCAUCCCAUACACCUCCCACCUAUCCAUUCUCGGCUCGAUCCCAUGAAUCUUGUCUUGCACCGAUAAAACAGGAAAGAGUGAUCGUGCUUGUUUGGUUUGGAAUAUGAGAUGCCUACGAAAUAAUGCUAAAGGUAGAGAUUUCUUCAAUAUCGCGUGUUGUGGUCCUACAUACGACAAAAUUGUUGAAGUUGACGCAGACACAGAGAAAAGCACCAAAAUGAAUAAACUCUUAUAAACAACAAGAUGGACAUAAAAGCAUACCUUUUGCGGAAGUUCAGCAGUCAAAUACCAAACAGAUCUAUCAAGGAAAACGUAGUUCAGCGUGAAAUAUGCGAUGCUAAUGCCAAUCGACAAGAACCCUUCUUUCCGGCUUCCUCAUUUUCACCCAUUUGCAUGACGAAUCCAGCUCUGGGUACGUCCCCUGGAUUUCAAGACUCAAGUUCACAAUGCCCUACGUUUGACUACUGCAUGACCGCUAGAAUUGGAUGUAAUAAAUUAAGGAUUGGCAAUGCUUGUGAUCGGGAGUUCUUUAAUGGUCAGUUAGUUCAGCGGGAAAUAUGUGAUGCUAAUGCCAGACAACAAGUACCCUGCUUUCCAGCUUCCUCAUAUUCACCCAUAUGUAUGACAAAUCCAGCUCUGGGGAUGUCCCCUGGCUUUCAAGACUCAAGUUCACAAUUCCCUACAUUUGAUUGCUUUGUGACUCCGAGAAUCGGACCUAAUACGUUGAGGACCAUCAAUGCUUGUGAACGUGACUUCUUUGAAGGGUCCUUGCGUAAUGGUUAUAACCUGUUAUUGGGCACUACUGUUGUUGAUUGUGAAGGAAAAAACAAGCUUUCUCCACCAGAGGGCGUAAUUCAGAUUGCUAGCAAGAUGGUUCCUUCUCAUGAACGUAUUUCGUCCAACAAAGCACUUCCUAGGCAGUACUGGAAUUAUGAUAAUGGACCUUUUAAUGGUGGACCUACUCUUCCUGGCAGUAAUUUACAGUAUAUCCCAGAGAAAUCAUCAGAAAACUAUAUUCAACAGCGAUGCCAUGGUCAGGAUAUGCUUUCCAAUUAUGCAGGUGAAUUGAACUAUUCACACUAUAGAGGUUUCAUGGAGAAUGCUCAUAAUGUUUGUGAUGUGGGGUUUCCAUCACCGUGGGAGCAAAAAUUGGAGUUUCCUUAUUCAAAUUUGCAAAACUCACAACAGGGUACACGGUGGAUUCCUCAAGCCUCUGAUGCUUUGAAUAAUCUGAUCGACAAUCCUCCCAGAUCAAAGAUUGAGGAUUUAUUGCAAUCUCAGCUGUUGAUGCCAAGGUCUCAAGAGUUCCGUCAGUGGCACCACCAGCCUUAUGUGCAACUUGAUAAGCCGUCUGAGGCCCAGAGUUGCCUGGUUGAAGACAAAAAAUGUUGUAAUGAAACAGCAGGGCAAGAGGCAUCUAAGCUUCCUGAGCUCCAUUCAGAACAAUCUCUUGGUAUUACUAGUGAACUUUACCAGGGAUCUAGAAAACCAAAUAAUGGUCUUAAAAGGGCUUUCUCUGGUAGAGAUCUUAGUGACACCAAAUCUGGCAUUAAAGAAGAUGUUUUGCCUCCUUCAAAAUGUCUGAAGACGGAAAAUUUUGAUUCCUUUGAAAGCGCAGUUUGUCAUGAAGUUGAUCCAGCAAUUAAUCAACCUUAUGCAUCUGAACAACUUUCACGCUUGAUGCAACGGCAUGAAACUCCGGUAGCUCAUAGUUCAGUUGUAAUGAAGGUGGACACAGAACUUCUAAUUCCCAUACAAGGCCCCACAAGAACUAGUGUAACUUGGAAUGAUGCCUCAGAUACUCCUCAGAGCUUGGACUUCAAGAGUACACCUAUUCCUGCUGAAGUGUUUAUUGGGGGUUGUAGACACGGGGAGAUAGAGUGUACGUGCAUAAGUGAGAAAAGAAAUGCUGUCGGAGAAAUUUGUCACUCAAAAGAGCCCCUUGAUAGUCAUAAAGAGGAGGAGAUACAAGUGAGGACCAUGUCCAACCAGGCCGGCCCGGUAGCUGAUAGUUCAGUUGUAAUGGAGGUGGACACAGAACUUCUAACUCCCAUACAAGGCCCCACAAGAACUAGUGUAACUUGGAAUGAUGCCUCAGAUACUGCUCAGAGCUUGGACUUCAAGAGUACACCUAUUCCAGCUGAAGAGUUUAUUGGGGGUUGUAGACACGGGGAGAUAGAGCGUACAUGCAUAAGUGAGAAAAGAAAUGCCGUCGCAGAAAGUUGUCACUUGGAAAAGCCCCUUGAUAGUCAUGAGGAGGAGGAGAUCCAAGUGAGGACCAUGUCCGACCAGGCCAGCCCAGAAACAAAAGGUGAUUUAAUUGCCCCUGCAGCUGAUAAUGAGUCUGCAAAGAAGUCAGAGGAACCAAAUAUACCAGUCGUGUCUUUUGCUGAUUUUUUGACGGCAGAGCAAAUAAAGGAGCAUAUCUCCAGUCUUAGGCAAUGGAAUAAUCAGUAUUGCGAUGCAUUCCAUUUGAAACCGAGUAUCAUGAAGGAAGCAUCAGAAAAUACAAUCGCACAUUCUGUUGGUGAAGGCUCGUGCCAGUUGUGUGCCAUGGGAAAGCUUGUGUUCGCUCCGGCACCAAAGUAUUGCUCAACUUGCAGUGCUCGUAUAAAACCCAAUUUGUUUUAUUAUCACGGGCUGGAUGAAAAGGGUACACAACAUUGCUUUUGUCCCUCAUGCUUUAGGGAGUCUCGUGGUGGUAGCAUCUCAUUCCAAGGGGUUUCCAUUUCCAAAGCAAAUCUGUACAAGUCUUGUAAUAAUGAGGAAAAUGAAGAAUCGUGGGUUCAAUGUAAUAAAUGUGAACAAUGGCAACACCAGAUAUGUGGUCUCUACAAUAAGAAACAAGAUUUGGAAGGAAAAGCAGAGUACCUUUGUCCAAAAUGCCAUUUAGAAGAAACAGAAAUUGGAGAGCAGAUGCCUUUAUCAAAGACUACAGCAUUUGGAGCAAAAAAUCUGCGAAAGACUAGGCUUAGUGAUCACAUUGAGCAAAGGCUCUUUAGGCGUCUCAAGCAAGACAGAGAAGAGAGGGCAAAGGCUUUAGGAAAGAACUUUGAUGAGGUACCUGAAGCAGCUGAUCUCAUUGUCAGAGUGGUGUUAUCUGUCAAAAAACAAUUGAAAGUGAAACAGCAAUUUUUAGAUAUCUUCCAAGACGAGAAUUAUCCUGCAGAAUUCCCAUACAGAUCAAAGGUGAUUCUUUUGUUUCAGAAAAUUCAAGGUGUAGAUGUAUGCCUUUUCGUAAUGUAUGUUCAAGAGUUUGGUUCAGAAUGCUGUCCACCAAAUCAACGUUGUGUUUAUAUAUCGUAUCUUGAUUCUGUCAAGUACUUCAUACCAGAGAUUGAUUCUGUUAAUGGCGAAGCUCUUCGAACCUUCGUUUACCAUGAAAUAUUGAUAGGAUAUCUAGAGUAUUGCAAGAAACGAGGUUUUGCAACCUGCUAUAUAUGGGCCUGCCCACCUUUAAAAGGAGAAGAUUAUAUUUUAUAUUGCCAUCCAGAGACACAGAGAACACCAAAAGCUGAUAAGCUGAGGCGGUGGUACAAGUCAAUGCUAAAAAAAGCAACCAAUGAGAACAUUGUGGUGGAUACCACUAAUUUAUAUGAUGAAUUCUUUUUUUCUACUGGAGAAAGCAGAACCAAGAUAACUGCAGCUCGUUUACCAUAUUUUGAUGGUGACUAUUGGUCAACUGCUGCUGAAAAUGUGAUUAGAAAGAUUGAGGAAGAAAGUGGAGGAGAUUUACAAAGGAAGGUGAAAAAACUAACGACAAAGAGAAAUUUAAAAGCCAUGGGGCAUACCAAUCCUUCUGGUGAUGCAGUGAAAGAUAUUCUACUGAUGCAUAAACUGGGGCAAACCAUCUUACCCCUGAAGGAAGACUUUAUAAUGGUCUCCUUGCAAUACACUUGCACAUGCUGCCAUGAAGUGAUACUAACUGGAAGCAGAUGGAUUUGCAAUCAAUGCAAAAAAGUUCAGCUAUGUGAAAGAUGCCAUGCUGUCAAGCAAAAUGUCAAUGAGGAUGGAACGCACACUUCCCAGAGUGGGGAAAGACACUUACUCUUUCAGGUGGUGGUGGAUGACGUGCCUGCUGAUACUGAGGACAAUGACUUAUCUUUCGAUAAUGAUUUCUUUGAGAUUAGGAAUACUUUCUUAAACUUCUGUCAGGAGAACAAUUAUCAGUUUGAUACACUUCGUCAUGCCAAGCAUUCUUCACUGAUGAUCCUGUAUCAUCUCCGGAAUCUGAUAGCACCAAGUUCUGGGACCAGCUGCAGCAUUUGCCAUAAGGAUAUUAUGGUAAACCAGGGCUGGCAUUGUGAGACAUGUCCAGAGUUUGAUGUUUGUGCUGCAUGCUAUCAAACAAAAUGUGGUGAGUGUUGUGUUCAUCAUAAGUUAGCUAGGCGUCCUGCUGCUGCUAAUUGUGAGUCAAACAGUAAACAGGCUCAGCCUCAGCGAGUAAAGUUCAAUGAAAUAUUGGAUGUUAUACCACAUACCGCUCAAUGCCAUGUAACGCAAAGCAAUCCCUGUUCCUACCCGAUGUGCCGUAUAAUCAAAGGAAGCCUCAGGCAUGCAAGUCAAUGCAGUCAUUUUGGGGGUGCUGGGCAUUGUAAACCAUGCCAUUUAACCAAGAUGAUACUGGAGGUCCACUCAAAAUUUUGUAGAGAUUCAGAUUACAGAGUACCGCUUUGCAGGCCUUUGAAGAGUAAGUUAGAAAACUUUAAUUUCAGUCUAAAACUCCGUGAAGGGCUGCUACGACUGUUCGGGAAGCACCCGAGGUUGCUGGAACUGGUUGAUUGUCCAAGUGUAUAGUUAUUGAUGGAGCAUCAACGACAGCAGCCGCUUAUACUGAUCAAUACAAUUCAAAGUAGCAUUGAAUAUAUACUGACUUGUUUCUUUUGACGGUUGUAUAGACUGCACUUGCAGUGAGUUCAUUCAAACGGUGAUUCAUGUGAAUAAAAGGAUGCUUAUUAAUUACUAUUCAUGAAUAAAAAUAUCCAGUGAUCAGUUUUGCCUUCUAGGCAUGAAAUCAACGUGUGUGUCGUGUGUGUGUGUGUGUGUGUGUUUUUUUUUUUUUUUCCUUCUCUCUCUACUGAUAAUUUGAUUGUGCCUUGACCAAUUAAGCUUUCAGAGAAAUUCAAUCCCUUGAAUUCCCUUGAUUGGGAUUGGCGAUGCCCAUAAGACCUAAUGGUUCUGAACUGCUGGCUUUGGUAAUUGUGGCCUAACGGAACAUUUGGUUUGUAUACUCUAACUUAUAGUUGUUCUUAACAAGCUUAUUAUUGGCUUCAUAUUUAAUUUUUUUCAAAUUGUUGUGUCUGAACUAAUUUUGUGUCUGGGAAUUUUGUUCAAUGCAGGUGAGAAGCCAUAUUUGGCAAUCUCCGGUGUGUCAUGGAACUAAAUAUGUUAGUCUGGAUUGGGGUCUGGACUAUUUAAUAAUUUCUCUUAUAGCGUUAAAAUAUCUUUUAAGUGAAUUUUAACAUCUAAAGAAUAGAAGAAAAAGAAUAGCACCAUUGUAAAAUAUCCCAAUGCUUUUUAUUUUUUAUUUGUUGUAUUCUUUUGUUUGUUCACGUAUCCAAAUGCUUUUUCAACGC